CCAGCAAGUGCUUGUGCGCGUUUGUCUGUCAUGGCGGGAGAGAUGAAAUGGAUGGAAGAAUUUGAUUUUAGAAGCGUGAAAACUGUGGCUGUCUUCCUCUGUUUCGUGUUGCUGUGCCUCCCGACCAUUACCUCAGGUGAUGAGCUGCCCAUCAUCUCAAUCAAGGAUGGAGAGGCGCUCAAGAAGCUUAAUCCUCAGCGCUUCUGUUACUACAACCACCUGCAGCCUGGCUGGAAGGAGACCUGGACUAGAAUACAGAUCCAGGUGCGGAGCUCCAGUCGGCUCAAGGUGACAGUGGCGCAGGACGAGCAGGAGCUGAAGGAGCUGGAGCAGCUCACCCUCUGGAGCCUCUUCCAGUACAUCCUGAAGGAGGGCUCCAACGAGACCAGCAUUGCCGUCAGCCUGUUCCGGAACAAGACCUGCUUCCGAGUGGACCCGACCGACACCAGCACCGGCUAUGUUGUGCAGCUCACUCGCAGAUUUGACAUUUGCCUGUUCAUGGUCUUCCUGGCUGGUUUAUUCCUGUUUUUCUACGCAAAUGCACUAAGCAGGAGUCAGGUUUUCUUCUACUCUGCAGGCAUGAGUACUGGGUUGAUCGCUUCCCUCAUUAUUCUGAUCUUCAUUGUGGCCAGGUUCUUACCAAAGAAAAGUCCCUUUUUUGUGCUGAUAUUUGGAGGCUGGUCCUUCUCCCUCUACCUCAUCCAGAUGGUGUUCAGGAACCUGCAGGUCAUCCUCCGUGAGCACUGGCACUAUGCUGUUGGCUACGUGUCAGUAGUGGGGUUCAUCAGCUUUGCCGUGUGCUACCGGCACGGCCCCCUGGUGGAGGAACGCAGCAUUAACAUCCUGUCCUGGACACUGCAGCUGCUUGGCUUGUUCCUGGUGUACGUUGGCAUCCAGGUCCAGCAGGUGGCGCUGGCACUCAUCAUUGCUGCCUUCUGUUCCAAGAAUCUCGAGUACCCAGUCCGCUUGGGCGUGGCCUUGUGCAGGGCCUGGAGAAGAAUUUGUCAGAGAGGCAGAGACAUACGAUUUGCUGCUCCCAGACGUCUUACGAGCUGGAGGUGGACACCACAGCCCCGCCGGCUGCUGACAGAAGAGGAGUACCAGAAACAGGGGGAGGUGGAGACACAGCACGCCCUGGAGGAACUGCGGGAGUACUGCAACAGUCCAGAGUUCAAGGCCUGGAGAGCCGUCUCCAGACUCCAGUCCCCCAAAAGGUUUGCGGAUUUCAUGGAGGGCUCUCCUCACCUGACACCCAAUGAGGUCUCUGCUCACGCCCACGAGUACGACCUGGGGGGGUCCUUCUUGGAGAAUGAGCUCUUUGGUGAGGAUGAGGAUGAAGAGGAGGAGGAGGAGGAGCGGAUGUUGAAAACGGAGGAAGAAAUGCUGCGACUACAGAACAACCACAGGAGGUUGUGACCCAUCCCACACUCCCUCCUUGCCCUGUCCCCUGACUCACAGCUACAGCCUUAAUAUGCCAGUGCUAACACACUUAGUGUGAACACUGCAGUAAAAGAGCCUUUUUGUCUGGUCCCAGUGGAUCCAGAGUCAGAGCUGAUCAGGCCAGGGAGGGGGCUGUGCCCUUAUCUCAGUGUGUACAAGACAAUCUACCCAGAACAUGUCCUGUCAAAAAGCAGGCUUUUUUCAGAGAAGAAUUCUCAGGCCUAUAACUUCCUGACUCUGGUAAAUUUGCUCUUGCACAUUUCAUUUUUUAUAUAUUUUUUUCUCGGUAAAAUGAAAAUCGUGUUUUUUUAAUUAUGUGCAACGAGCCUGGUUUCGGGAGAUCAAAGUCAAGCAUUCUUUUUUUCCCCCGUUUGGUUCAUUUGACACUUCGCAGGUUGGAGGAGAGCUGUUUGUUUCGGGGGGAUUGUUAAGGGGUUUAGGUUGUCAUCAGUCUAAAUGCUAAUUUGUUCUAGGUCAGCUUCAUCUCUUCAAUAGCAAAAGUUUUAGAUCAGUGUAACAUACGCAUUCAAGGAAGAACAAAGGAUUUUUCAUUUUCAGUCUUUCUGCCGAUGCACUGCUUGAAUGUAGAUAAAGAUGACUUAUUUGAUGAUGCUGACAGAUCCAUGUUUAGUUUUUUCUUUUUAAUCUCCCUGACUUCAUUCAUAAUUAUAAGUAGGAUUGCAAAUGCUAGGAUAUCCUUUAGGGUGUGGCUGCCGGAGAUAGCCACUGCCUGUGUGUGCUGCACAUUGGGGAUCUGUCUUGUGUUGAAAACUGAGGAUGACAGCUGGUCUCUUAUGAUUUACUGGGCAAUCUUUCUGUAUCGGUUUUAGAAAUCCUCAAAACGUGUCUUUUAAUGAUAGGAGGUUGCCCGUGGUGAACUUAGUCAGUGACCCAGGCCAAAUCAAGUUAAUUGUGUUGCAGUCUUUAGAAUAACUUGUGAAUGUGAUGAUUGCUUUAUUUUUUGUUAGCUACACAAGAGGGGUUUGCCAGACUGGUCCAAUUGACAGUUUCCGCCAUCAGCUCUCCAGCAAGGCGUGUUGCAGACCUGGAGGAAAAAGUAUCUUUCCACACUGUCUGGGAGAUUCUGUGGGAACAAGAAGUUAGAUUCUACAGAGCUUGAUGUAGUGAUGUCUCCACUUUACAUUAAGAAUAGGUUUACCGACCAUGAUUUGCUCUAGUCCCGGACUCUUACCUGGAUGAAUAGUAGGUAGUCCGAAAUUAGUACUGAUUAGGGUCUGUGAAACUACGGCUGAUUGCUCCCUUCGUUUGAAAAUGGAGUGGUAAUAGGAAAACAUCUUGCAGCCACUGGGGAAUAUAUCACCAGGGUUUGGUCCCCGAAAUGUCAGUCACAGUAUAGCUGGCUCAGUGGAUCUGUUUUAUUAGUGGUGUUUUACAAAUAAGGUGCUGUCUCAUACAGGAUUCAAACCAGGGAUGAUGUAUUGUCCUGUUUUUUCAGAAAAUGACAUAUUGACAUUCUGUUAGAAAUAAAAAUAGCUAACAUUUUAUCCCCGUUUCUCUAAAACAUACGAGCUCAAAAAUGUGAUUGUUUUUGGAGUCACAAACAAGGCUUGUGUUGUUAUCAGUGGGUGUUUGAGUAAUGGAGCUGCGCCGCCUCAGUUAUCCCACGCCCUACGGAUUUUGUUUUCUUAAUUUGACAGGCUGGUGUCGUAAAUUGAUUAUUCCACUAAUUAAGGGCAUAAUACUGCCCCAGAGACUGCUGAUUUGUGCCUUGAAACCAAAACCGGCCUGACGAGGGUGUCAGUGCCCCCCCCCUCACCAAGGAAUGUGUUAGAAAUGGAAACACUGCUGUUUCACGAAUCCAGUUAAAGCUGCAACCUUCCCAGAAUGGGGGUAAAGGCUGAUGCCCUGGUUCUGGGUGCUUGGGUCUCGGCAGUUGGGGUGCCGUAUGUUCACCUGCAGAGCGGCAGUGUUGCUCCCCCAGGGACCUGCAGGUGUUUGUCAGUGGAGUUAUUUCCAUCGUCGGCAUGCUGUGAGCAGCAGUGGUGGUGGUCAGUAACCAAGGACCUGAGCCACCUGGGCUCCACAGUGUUUCUGAUUCACACGGCUAGCUUCCACAGACCCAGCGCGUUUAACUGGGCUGGGGGUUUUAAACUUUAGUUCUGGCCCUUAAGGCUUCAGUCACUCACCUGGAGGAAGUUGUAUGUUAUAAUGCAGCCAUCAUUUACAAGCUGAUUCUUUCUUACCACUGUUUUUAUGAGUGAACUAUUUUUAGGGCUUCAGCUUAUUUCCUGAUGUUUGUUUUUAAUUUUGUAGCUUCUUGUGUAUAAUUCAUAGGUUUGUGUGUUCUUUUUGUCUUAUUGUGUAGUGUACUCCGGGCAAUAGAUUAACUCUUUCACCGCAGAAUUUGUGCUCGUGGCAUUUCUGUUAAAAACCAAUAGAUAACUCUAAGAUAAUAAAGCAAUAAAACAUCUAGAAUGAACUGGAAGAAAUGAAAAUGAUCCAGGUAGCAUAAUCUGUAGUGUGCAGUCAAAGCAAGCUGGCCUGUGGCAUGCAGUUGGAGGCAGUGAAAAGUCUAAUUGUCUGAAACCUUUAGGUAGAAAUUAAAAAUAAAAGCUCAAUUUCUCUUUUCAGUACUGCAAGCUGCUCUUCACAUGUGCUUUGCCUGUUCCUAGUAGGCUGUCUGUGAGUAAUGGCCUCUGAAUGUGCCGUAUUGCGAGAGCACUGUGCACGAUGCAUGCAUGAUGGCAUAAUAGUGGUCAGUGGUGCCAGUGUGUAGAGAAAGGGGUGUCCAGUCCUGGUCCUGGAGGGCUGGUGAAUCCGAGAGUCUCCCAGGUGUCUUUAAAGUGGCAGCACCUGAAGAACUGGGAAGGACGGUUGAACUGGUCCAGUUAAAACGAGCUGAUUGCUUGACGAGCCGGUUCAGGUCGAGUGCCCAGCUGGCACUUAAUCAGCCCUUCAGGACCAGCAUAUGGGAUCACUGGUGUAGAGCCUCAGGUCACUGAUCUCCUGCGCAUCAGGCUUCCCAACAAGUAGAAGAAAAUGCUGGGGGUCUCCAUCUCUGGUGUGUUGUAGUGAAAGUUAGAGAAACACUUGAGCUGUGAGUGUGGAACAGUGAUUGGGAAUCUAUUAAUAUUUUCCCCUUUAGUCAUUUUUAAAAAAACCUUAGUCCAGUUUUCAGCUUCCAUUUGCUCUGAUUUUACCACCUUUGGUGCUGCUGAAUUAAUUGUCCUUGCAAUCUUACGGCACUGGCAGUAGACCUCCUUGUCAAGCAAUUGGUGAAGGAGGAGAGGAAAUUCUUCCCCCUUUUUUGUGGAAUCCCCCAAUAACAGAUUCAAAGUGACCAUUCGUUUUAUUAAUCAAUAAGCCAGUAACUCAGGUCAGUAUACAGUAAUGGUGCCUGGGAAAGUCAAAUUCUAUUGCGUUGAAAAAGCUUUUUGAGUUCUGUAACUUCACAUGUAUUUUUUUCUAAUUUUGUAGCUUCUCAAAAGGAAUUUACAGACAUGGGUGUUCUUUUUUAUUUUAUGCAUGUUGUGCUUCAGGCAUUAAUUUAACUCUUUCAAUGCAGUUUGUGCUCAUGGUGUUGCAAUUAAAAGCCAACAGCUAGGUCUUUGAAUGUGUGAACAAAAACUUUGACUUCCUGUGGGUUUGUGUAUGGUUUUACCCAGAGCAGCAGCUGAGUGGAAAUGGGCCCUAGUCUGCAGCUUUGGCUAGUGGUAACAAUUUUCAAUACACUUUGUCCAAUCAAAGCCUGUUAAUAUGGGCUUACAGGAAGGGCUUGUUAAAACAUUGUCCUUGGAAUGCCCUGUAAUGCCAUACAUAAAACACGUGGUCCGUCUACAACAAGGUGUUCAUCAGGUACAGUCUUUUCUAUAGAGAUUAAUUUACUAAAAGCUUGCUUGCCUGGUCUUGCACGAGGGCUGUUCUUGUUUAUUCGCAGAGCUCUUUGGCCCAAGGGCACCUCAUACUGUAAGCGCUUUGCUGUUUCACAAGACUGUUUUGUUUUGGCUCCAUCAGAGGCCGUUGUCCACACGGUGCGUGUCGCAGGCAGUUUCCUGGUGCCUUGAGAUGUAGUAACCGAAGCCGUUCCCCGCGCUGUUUUGCAGUUUGACUCAAUGGGAGGUGAAGAGUUUAAGUGACACUUCUGUUUUGUUCAUAAUAUCCAUGUAGUGUAGUAGCCUCUCCAGCUCUGCAAUAUUCCAAGCUCUCUAGUGCACUACACUUGCUUUUAAAAAUAUUGGUGUGAAUAUUAUAGACUUCCUUAUCACUUACACUUAUUACUAGUACCUUUUCAAGAGUGACUCAAUACUGAUUCAUCCCAGCAAGCAGCAGGGAAAGCUCCAGGUGGAAUAAAUGAGUUCAAGCAAUAAGUGUUGAUGAACAGGACUGUCGUGUUACAGUUAUAGGCAUUUAACCUCCGAACAGCCGUUCUUAUCCACAUUUCUGAGAGCCGCCAUGUGCAAGCCCACCCCUGGGGCCCAAUGAACUGUGCGAAUCUAAUAUGAGCAACACAAAGCCAAUCGAGGCGUGGUCAGUGUGUCAGCCAGUUCGUUAAAUCGAAAGUUUUUUUUCAUUUCCAAGGUCUGAAUGGGUUACUCAUUAUUAGAUACAGGAAAUUACUAUGGAGUUACAUUGAUUGUAACACAGCAUUCGUGUGUGCAAAGUUCAAAGUAUUUGGAAUCUGUUGUGGAAUGUUCGGUAUUGCCGGUCUCUCUCUCUUUCUGGAAUCUUGUUGACAUGUACAGUUCUUGUUUGUCGUGUUUAUAUAUAUCCCAAAAAACUUGUACAUAUUCAGAUUAAUCUUUAUUUCUUUACUAGAUUAUUUUGACUGAAAUAAAUUAUUUUAAAACUCCAA